AUGGUGAUCCAGCAGGUGGGCAGCAGGGGGCGAGUGGCAGCUGAGAGAAGGAGCAGUCGCAGCGAGGACAAGAAGCAGACGCUGUUGGCGUUGCUGAUCUUAGUGCUGUAUGUGGGCACAGGGAUCUCGGGAAGAAGCUGGGAGGUGUCAGAAAGAAUCAGAGAAUGUAACUACCCCCAGAAUCCUAUGACUUCCCAGGCGUUCGAAUAUCAGGCCCAUGACCCCUCAGAAGAGCCGAUCAAGGUCAUCCAGACCUGGCUGAAGGAGAACUUGCACGUGUUCUUGGAGAAGCUAGAGAAAGAGGUGCGAGAGCUGGAGCAGCUGGUGCAGGACCUGGAGGACUGGCUGGAUGCGCUUCUGGGAGAGGGGCACCGGGAGGAGCCCUGCUCCACCCUCAGAAGUCACUUGUGA